UUUACAAGAAAAUGUGUUUGAAUAUCUCAAGAUAAAUUAAAAUUUUACCAGGUUUUGGCCACGUUAUAGAUCUAUUGCGAAGCGCAAGAAGAACACUUCAACGUAGAUACUUAUCUAACUAAUAUUAUAAUUCAUACUUGUCUUAUAAAAUCCAACAUAAAUAUUUCAAAAUGAUGAAACUCCACUGCUUAUUAAUAUCGACUGCCAUCGUACAAGUUUUGGCCUCUCUGAGUUUCAGAGAUUAUAAGCGGGCAGUUUUUAACGCAAACAGACACUUGGAGCGGGCUAUUACUAACAAUAUUGGGUUGAUGCAAGUAGUUACAAACAUUGUUCUUGGAGAUUCAACAAUAGAAGAAAUUGUUUUAUUGUUGGCUGUACCGGAAUUAGCUACACCUAGAUUCUUAGACGGAGACAAAUGUGACCAGACUUUUUUACAAGCAAAAAUAGCCCAUUUCACAUUUCAGCCUGUGCCAAUUAUAGAUAACGAAGCAAAUUUUGGCGAUAUGGUAUUGGCAUAUCUUGGAGUUAAUAAAAGAUCGUUGAUUGGAGAACCUAGAAAAUUGUUCCUCCGUGCAAGUAAUUUAUUGCCAUAUCUUGGAACCGCUAGAAGAUGUACUAUGAAACUUGUUACAAUACAAUUGUUCACUGCAAUAUUUCGUGGAGAAGCUCCAGAUUACGACAAUUUUGGCAAGAUAUGUUCUCUAAUAUGUUUAUACAGAAGUAUAAGACACCCAGUUAGAAUUAUAAGACAUGCCAAUGUUGACGAUAAUGGUGUUUGUAAUAUCAGAGAUAGAACCAGAGUGAUUAAACAAUACAAAUUCGUCAACAAUGAUUAUUAUGAAGUACGUACAAACGCUGAUCAAGAUAUUACACUAAAAGCAUUACUUCGCGACCAGGUGACUGAAUGGGCAGCAGAGGGAAUUGUUCCAUAA